GCUCCUGAACCCUUGGAUGUUCAUCCAAAUCGUAGUAUAAAGGAGGAUGGAACGAGACUCAGCUAUCUAUCCCCUUCCUCGCCCAGAACACUUCCAAAGGUGCCAGGAACAUCUCAGUUUGAGUUUGGACCCGUUCUCCCCUCUUCCCCACAGCUCGAGGUUCUGUAUGAAGAUCCUAAGGAGGAUGUGGUCUCAAUUUUAUCAGAGGAGGAAAGAACUCGCCUGGCUGAGGUGAAAAAGGAUAAGGAUUUACUGAACGAGGAUAUCUGGACCGUAUUGGAGGAAGAGAUUAGGGAUAUCAACCUUCUUAUCAAACAGAUAUCCAACCUAGCACCGGUCAAAACACAAUGCAAGCGCGUCUAUGAUACUGCCCGUACACAGUGUACAGAGCGGACAGGGCCAAAUUAUUCUCCCUCUACCGUCUAUCCUAUGGCCGGGGCAGUACUUGGAACCUGUCUUGGCGGUCCUGUUGGGCUCUUAGCUGGAGUUAAGAUAGGCGGCCUUGCAGCAAUUGGGGGCAGUAUUUUUGGAUAUUCCACUGGUUCCUUGAUAAAAGAGCACACAGAUAGACAAGAUUAUAUUUCGGAUUUCUACUCAAAACACCAAGAAAGAAAUAUGCUAGCAAGGUUGACCUCUGAGAAGCGCACUAUCUCUCUUCCUGAAGUUCUAGAAGACGACUUUAAAAAACUGAAAAUAAAAGACGAGCUCCCGACAAAAAGUUGUAUACCAGGGAAAUCAGAGGAGAGUUUACUCUAAAAAAUCAUAUUUUACAAUUAUUAACCUUUUUUUAUUUUAUUUUUUAAAUCUAUACCGUAUCUCCAUUUACAGCA